GGGUCUCCCCGGUGGCCUCCGCGCCUCCUGCCCGCCUCUCUGCCUGCGCUGCCUGCUCGGCUCUGGGAGAAUGGCCGCUCUGAACACGCUGUGGACAGGGCUGGCCCUGCUGGGGAUGCUGGCGGUCCUGCAGAUUCCAACCCAGGCCCAGGCCGCCCUGCAGCCCAACUUCCAAGAGGACAAGUUCCUGGGGCUCUGGUUCACCUCGGGCCUCGCCUCCAACUCGAGCUGGUUCCUGGAGAAGAAGAAGGCGCUGUCCAUGUGCAAGUCGGUGGUGGCCCCCGCGGCGGACGGCGGCCUCAACCUCACCUCUACCUUCCUCAGGAAAGACCAGUGUGAGACCCGGACUCUGCUGCUGCGUCCUGCAGGCCCCCCAGGCUGCUACAGCUAUACCAGUCCCCACUGGAGCGGCAACCACGAGGUGUCGGUGGUGGAGACAGACUACGAGGCCUACGCCCUGCUCUACACCGAGAGCUUCCGCGGCCCGGGCCAGGACUUCUGCAUGGCCACGCUCUACAGCCGCACCCAGGCCCCCAAAGCUGAGAUCAAGGAGAAAUUCGCCACCUUCGCCAAGGCCCAGGGCUUCACAGAGGAUGGCAUUGUCUUUCUGCCACAGACUGACAAGUGCAUGGAGGAGCACACGUAGGUGACCCCAGCCCUCAGGACCUGGCCAUGCUGCCCUGCUCGGCCUUUGCCUUCAACACCCCAAGACCCCAACCCCAGCUCCUGCGCCACCGGCCCUGCACCCUCGGGCUUUAUCCCAGCUCUGAGAAUAAACUCCGGAAGCAAGUCA